UUGAUACAUCUUCUUCCCCUCUUUCGAUCCAUCUUCUUCCUUUCUUUUUCCUUUUUCUUUCUUUCUUUCUCUUCUUCUCUUCUUCCACCAAACCCAGCAAACUGGGUUCCGUGGAACCCAGAUCUGCUGGGUUCGAGGAACCCAGCAAUUGGGUUCCACCGAACCCAGCUUGGGUUCGAUUCUUCUGCUUCACAGGCUGAUGAAAAAACCUUCAUUGUCAUGGAAUUUGAUUUUGGGUCCGAUCUUGUGAUUGAGCUUUUUGAUACCGAGAUAUGGCUUGAGUGGCAGAGUUUUAAUGACCGGGACGGCGGGACCCUUGAGAUUGAGCUUUUUGAUUCAGUAGGAUGUCAUGAAAAAACCUUCAAGGAAUCUGAUUUUGGGUUCGAUCUCGUGAUUGAGCUUUCUGAUACCGAGAUAUGGCUUGAGUGGCAGAUAGGAUGCCAAACCCUUGAGAUUGAGCUUUUUGAUUCAGUAGGAUGUCAUGAAAAAACCUUCAAGGAAUCUGAUUUUGGGUCCGAUCUUGAAUCUGAUUUUGGGUCUGAUCUUGUGAUUGAGCUUUUUGAUACCGGGAUAUGGCUUGAGUGGCAGAGUUUUAAUGACCGGGAUUUGGGUUCGAUUCUUGCAAAAUGGAAAGGGCAAUGCGUGACGACAAAGGAUUUUGGAUCGAGUUCAUGUAAUAAGAAGCUUAUUGGAUCGAGAUUCUUCUACAAUGGAUCUGCUCCCAUCACAUUUGACGGUGCCACCAAAAGAUCUUCUUAUUCCACAGAUUUGCUUUGCUCAUGUCCGGUGAUUCCACAAAACAACCUUCUCCUGCAAAAGCUGCUUCCAUGGCCGACGACCAAGAAGGACAACCCAUUCCCACCGAAUCUGCUCCUUCCAUGGCUAGCUAGUGUUAAAUCCUCUCAUCCCAAAGAGCUGCCAUCUGCUGGAUCUGCUUCAAUGGCCGGUUCCAAGGCCACUCAUUUCUUGAAAUCGCCUCCUGCAGAUUUGGUUAAGCUCUUCCAAACCCAAAAUCUCUAAGAUGAUGUAAACUGAAUACUCCAACGCCAUAAGCCAUGCCAUUCAAAUUAGAUUUUUGUUCCUCAUAAGAAAUUCCAGAUUUUGGGUCCACACUUUGUGUCUCACCCACCGGCUCCUCUUGCCUUUAUUUACCCACAGCCAAAAGAACAUCCUCUCCCUUUUUAGGUGAAACCCGAUUGGAGUAAAUGGGUUGGACCUUUCGGAACUUGGCCAGCUUAGAGGAAAUCAGAAUGGGUUGACUGGAUAAAUCGCCUUGAACCUGCUUUUGGCCAGAUUUGGAAAUAUGUGGGUUUGUUUGAAUUCAUACAAUUAUCCAAAUGUAAAUUCACCAUGGACAAGCCAAUCUUGAGUUCGGCUUUGUUAUUUUGGUCCGGCUCUUUUAAUUGCUUUCAUUUCCCUUGUGGAGCCAUGUAAGUGAGCCUCUUUAAUAUUAGUUCAUUAACUGGAUUGCCUUGCACAGGAGAAGAGAUUUUAGCAUUAUUAACUUUGCCACCAAGUGUUGAAUACAACGCAGAUUUGAAGCCCUCUUAUCCAGCUUUUGUGAGAUCUGCCUACGACAAAAGUAAGCCUGUCAAUGCUCAAGAGCACAUUUCAUUUCUGCUUACUUUAAUUUGCAAAUAUAUGGUUUGUUCUACU